GGGCCACAUCGAGCUUUUCUCCGACUGGCGGCACAAGUUUAUCUUGGGAGAGUAAACUUUUUUUUCCCUCAAAACACCUAAUAUCCAACACUGAAAUUCGUAAGGCUUUGCUGCAAUUUGAGACAAUUCUGACCUGAAAAAUGGGGAAAAUAAAGAAGAAAGGCACCUCUGGCCAGGCGAAAAAUUUCAUCACCAGAACUCAGGCAGUGCGCAAGCUGCAGAUUUCUCUCCCUGAUUUCCGCAGAUUAUGUAUUUUCAAGGGUAUCUAUCCCCGUGAGCCUCGAAACAAGAAAAAAGCUUCGAAAUCCGCUACCCCGAGCACCACCUUCUAUUACACAAGAGAUAUUCAGUAUCUUCUUCAUGAACCUUUGCUUAAGAAAUUCCGGGAGCAAAAGGCCCUUGCCAAGAAGAUUGCUAGGGCUCUCGGCCGUGGAGAAGUUGGAAGUGCCGCAAGACUCGAAAAGAAUAAUGCACCAAAGCUCUCGCUGGAUCAUAUUAUCAAGGAACGGUAUCCGACAUUUAUAGAUGCACUUCGGGAUUUGGAUGAUGCUUUAUCGCUUCUCUUUUUGUUUGCCAAUCUCCCCUCAACGACCACUGUGCCGCCUAAGACUAUUACUCUCUGCCAGCGCCUAUGUCAUGAGUUCCAACAUUACUUGAUCGCCACUAAUUCUCUCCGAAAAUCCUUCCUCUCAAUUAAAGGAAUAUACUAUCAAGCUACAAUUCAAGGGCAGGAUAUAAUGUGGCUGGUGCCUUAUCGAUUUGUCCAAAGAGUUACUGGGGAUGUGGACUAUCGAAUUAUGGGCACCUUCGUAGAGUUUUACACUACUCUGCUUGGUUUCGUCAACCAUAGACUCUACACUACGAUCGGCUUGGUUUACCCACCCAAGUUUGAUAAGUCGAGCGAUGAACGUGGUGCUGAACUCGCAGCCUUCACCUUGGAAGGCCGAAAUUUUGGCGAAACACAGAAGGCUGUUGAGGGUUCUCAGCAGCUGAAUGGGAGCACUGAGAAAGAAGCGCCUGCAUCAAAGGACCUUCAGGCUAAGGUCGACAACAUACUCGAAAAGACUAAGCUCGAUACGGAGCCUACUGGGCAAGCGACCGAAGCCCAGGAGGAAAAUACCGAUGCCAUCGACACGUUUGAGCCAAUCGCACCUGAAGCUGAUACCUUACCACAACCACAAAUCAGUGGAGAUGAAGCCGGCUCGUUAUUUGCUCCAUUCACCUUCUAUAUCUCCCGAGAGGCUCCCAGAGCACCUCUCGAGUUCUUGCUUCGUUCUUUUGGGUGCAAGCGUAUUGGAUGGGAUAGCGUUCUUGGAGAUGGCGCAUUUACACAGAACGAGUUAGAUCCUCGCAUAACACACCAAAUCGUUGACCGCCCCCAACUUCCUGAAUCUGCACUCCCCCUGUUACCCAAAAACCCCGAAGAUGGAACUGCCGCUUUGAGGGUAAGACCAGGGACCAGGGUCCCUGGCCGGACGUAUGUUCAACCUCAAUGGGUGUGGGAUUGCAUCAACGAAGGAAGGCUUCUGCGACCUGACCUUUAUGCACCUGGCGCUACAUUGCCACCACAUCUGAGUCCCUGGGUCAAACCUUCCAAGGGUGGCUACGACCCGAGAGCCAGCCUCGCUGAUCAAGAGGAAGAAGGAGAGGCUGAAAGAGCUGCUGAAGCCGAAGAGUACGAUGACGAUGAGCUCGAGGAGAGUGAGGAUGAAGCUCCUAAAUCAAAACAGAGCAAAAAAUUGCUUGCUACGCUGGCACGUGACUCGGACGAUGAAGAAGCGUCGAUUAAUGGCGGAAUGGACAUUGCUAUGGCAGAAGACACGGACGAAAGCAGCGAUGAUGGCGAUGAUGCAGAUGAAUUCGAAGGGUUCGACCAGGACGAAGACAUGAGUUCCGAGUCAGAAGACGAAGAAGAGAAAGCUCGCUCGCAACACCAGAAGGAACUUGAAGCCGAGGCUGCUGGCCUUCCAUUCUCGGCCGCUAGCCAAGCUGAUAAUGGAGCUGCUAAGAGCGAAAAGCAACAAGGACCUUUAGCUAAGAAACGAGCGGCCCAGAAGAAGAAGGAAGAGGAGGAGCUUGAACGUCAAAAGAUGAUGAUGAGUCGCAAGAAGCGCAAGCUGCUCGAUAAGAUGAUUUACUCGAAUAAGAAGCAGGAUGCGGAAGCGGAGAAGUUGAGACAGAAGCGAAGAAAGAUUGAGCAGAGUCUUAAGAAGUAAACGAAAAAAUGUUUUUUGGGUUGCGUUUGGAUUUAAUAUGUAGUUUUUGUGGCUCUUCGUUUUUUUAUGAUAUCUGAGAACUGGCAAAUGUUGAGGCUGCCACAACAGGCAAUUUGCGUGGACAUCGAUGGGAACACUUUGUUUGGAGUCCGAGCUAAGCUAUUUGCAGUCUACCUAAAAUAUCAUAAGCUAAUAAAACGUGUUUUGAAUAACUCAUAGUUUCGGGACAUUCGACUCUGCCAAGCCGGCUUGCCGAAAAAAUAUAUAAUCACGUGACUCGUUUCUCGCA